AUGCAGUGGCUUAUCACAGGAUGCUCGACCGGAUUAGGUCUAUCGCUAGCUCGUGCAGUUCUUGCUCGUUCUGGUGAGAAGGUGAUUGCUACCUCCAGACACCCGGCAUCCUCCCCAGAAGCCGUCAGCGAAAUUACUCUCAACGAGAACGCCAAGUGGGAGACACUCGAUGUAUCCUCACCUGAGGUUGAGAAUCAACUUUCCCACAUCAUCGCGAAGCACGGUGCUAUUGACGUUCUGAUCAAUAACGCUGGCUAUGCUGGCGGAGGUGUGUUCGAGGCUACCCCCCUCGAGACUCUACGACAGCAAUUCGAAACAAACUUUUUCGGUGCAGUCAGGUUGAUGCAAGCAGUCGUGCCAGCAAUGCGGAGUGGCAAGAGAGGUGGAGUUAUUGUGAACAUAUCUUCCGCCGUCUUUUGGCAGGCCUUUCCCACUACGUCAGCAUAUUCGUCGAGUAAAUGGGCCUUGGAAGGAUUUUCUGAAGCUCUUGCUCUUGAGGUAGCCGAAUUUGGCAUCAGAGUGCUUAUAGCUGAACCUGGUGGUAUGAGGACUUCAUUUGCCGAUCCUUCGAAGUUAUCCAAGACGACAAAGCCUCUUCCCGAAAAUUACAAGGGCACCUUUGCUGAGUAUGUGUGGAAUGCGCUGCAAGGGAUGCACGGAGCUCAAGAACUCGACCCAGAGAGGUCAGCACAGGCGAUUGUCCAGGAAGUCCUGGAGCCAACUAUUGUCAAGAACGCUGACACUGGGGAAUCACGGAAUGUAUUGAGACUACAGUUGGGAAAAGAAGUGGUCGACACGAUGCGAAAGAAGAUCGCGACUAUCAAAUCAGAGGCAGAUCUCAUUCUCGAAAAAGCCUUAGCAUGCGACUUUGAAGCAGGACCUUGA